UUAAAAAAAAAAGGUAUGUCCAGGUAAAACUAUAGCAUUAACCUUUCUGAGCCUUCAUGAACAUUUAUUAGGUACAAUCAUUAUAAGAAAUAUAAUAGUUCAAUAAUUUCUUGAAAAUAUAAUAGAUUUUUGGCUGUUUCUUUAACACUUCACACUCUAUUUACCUAAUUAUACUCUAUCUCUAAACAAUUACAAUUAUCUAUAGAUAAUAUAUAAAUGUAUUAAAUAUGAAAAUAAAUGAUAAAUGGGGGGUGAAAGAAAGAAAUAAACCCCUUUUAAGGAUCCAUCGAUUCCUUCUGAUAUCAAUUAGUUAGCUCUGCCUGCCAUCCAGACUGUGCAGUCGAGCACAGAGUGCAGUUUCUGUAGACGUGGUAUCGGCGACUGUUAUCAGUUUGGGUGGAAAAUCUCCAGAUAUUCAUGAGUAAAAGUGAUCUAAAAUACUGCUAUUAAAAGCGAGAAGUCAUGCUGGACUUUGCCAUCUUUGCUGUUACGUUUGUCAUCAUUUUGGUCGGCGCUGUUCUUUAUUUGUAUCCGUCCUCCAGAAGGGCCUCUGGCAUCCCGGGUCUCAAUCCUACAGAUGAGAAGGAUGGGAACCUGCAGGACAUUGUGAACAAAGGCAGUCUGCAUGAGUUCCUCGUCAGUCUACAUGAGGAGUUCGGGUCUGUGGCGUCGUUCUGGUUCGGCGGCCGGCCGGUGGUCAGCCUGGGCUCUGUGCAGCAGCUACGGCAACACAUCAACCCCAACCACAGCACUGACUCCUUUGAGACGAUGCUGAAGUCGUUGCUAGGUUACCAGUCAGGGAUGGGGGGUGGGGCCACCGAAACCGUAAUAAGGAAAAAAGUGUAUGAGAGUGCCAUUAACAACACGCUGAAGAACAACUUCCCUCUUGUGCUCAAGCUGGUAGAGGAGCUGGUGGGGAAGUGGAAGUCAUUCCCAGAGGCUCAACACACGCCGCUGUGUGGCCACCUUUUAGGUCUGGCCAUGAAGACUGUCACCCAGCUGGCUCUGGGUGAGCGCUUCAGAGACGACACUGAGGUCAUUUCCUUCCGCAAGAACCACGAGGCGAUCUGGUCAGAAAUCGGGAAAGGCUACUUGGACGGUUCCCUGGAGAAGAGCUCCAGCAGGAAAGGACAUUAUGAGAAGGCUUUGUCAGAGAUGGAAUCUGUGCUGCUGUCAGUGGCGAAGGAGAGAAAAGCCCAGAGGAAGCAGACGGUGUUUGUGGACGCUCUGCUUCAGUCCAACCUCACAGAACGACAGAUCAUGGAGGACUGUAUGGUUUUCACUUUGGCCGGAUGCGUCAUCACUGCCAACUUGUGUAUCUGGGCACUUUACUUCCUGUCCACUUCGGAGGAAGUUCAGGACAAACUGUAUCAGGAGCUGGAUGAGGUUUUGGGUUCGGAUCCAAUUUCCUUAGACAAGAUCCCUCAGCUCAGAUACUGCCAGCAGGUCCUCAAUGAGACAGUGAGGACUGCCAAGCUGACCCCUGUCGCGGCUCGACUUCAGGAAAUGGAGGGCAAAGUCGAUCAACACGUCAUCCCUAAAGAGACUUUGGUCAUCUACGCUUUGGGAGUGGUCCUGCAAGAUUCUGACACCUGGAGCACCCCAUACAGGUUUGACCCGGAUCGAUUUGAGGAGGAAUCAGUCAGGAAGAGCUUCUGUCUGCUUGGAUUCUCAGGGAAUCAAACAUGCCCAGAGCUCAGGUUCGCCUACACUGUAGCUACUGUCCUGCUCAGCACAUUGGUGCGGCAGCUGAAACUUCACCAGUUGAAGGGACAGGUCAAGGAGGUCCGAUCUGAGCUGGUAUCCACACCUAAGGACGAAACCUGGAUCACCGUCAGCAGAAGGAGCUAGAAUUAGUCUUUAAAAAAAAACCCUGAAGGCAGAAGAGCUGAAGUUUUUUUUUUCAACCAAUAACUCCUGUGUCAUUAUGGAAUUUGACACUUUUUGGUAUUGAACAGGAUUUGUAUGAUUCUUUAAGGCACUUGUUGUUGUAAAGAGCAUUUUGCCAACUUUUUAUGCACAGUCAUUGUGUUUUUUUUGCAUAGAAGUUGCACCACCACAAGUUCCCAUGGUUGUCUUUCUGGUGCUUUUUACUGUACGGUAAUCUGAGGCCUUAAACACAUCAUUACCUUGUCUGUCCACAGGUCAGAUUUGUACUUGUUGAAGGACUCCAUCUGUUAAAGGAGGGAAACACAGUGGUUUAAUACUCUACCAUGUAUAGGAAAACUUGUACUGCCAACCACUUUUUGAUAAUUCCUAGUACAACUGCUUUGAGGUAAAAUUCCCAGUGACUUGUGGCUUUGUCUAUUGAUAAAUAACCCACAUUGCAUGUAGACAUUUCAUUCCUUUUCUAAACACAGUUGCAUCUUACAUAAUAUUAAAUAUGUAUGAGGA